CCUGCGUUCCACGAGUUCUGCAGAAUGGUGUCUCGUUUGAAGACCAAUUUCCAAUUGUGCGAACUAAUAAAAGUGCCUGAUUAUGCUGCUGUUAUGCGCCUUCUAGCACAGUUCACUGUGGAAAGCCUGCGGAUGAUGGAUCUUUCCGCAAACAGUACCUAUUUUCUGUUGACAUUUUGGCAACGUAUGGUCACUUCUGUUCCAUAUGUUCGCAGCAGUGAAGAUCAUCUACUUAAUCUGUGUUGCCCUGAGAUUAUGACGGCGUUUGUGGAGAGCCGAUUGCAGAACGUUGAAAGAGUUGUGAGAGACGGCCAUGAUGAUCCAUUGGAAGAUCAAGGAGCGACACUCCAAAUAAUGGAGCACUUAGCGAUUAUAUGUCGAUGCGAGUAUGAGAAGACUGCACAACUGCUAGCAAACGCUUUCGACGAAAAUGCGAGAAUUAUGGAAGCAGGACCAGAGGGGGUUGGUUUUUUUUUCGUUGAUGCUGAUUCUUCUCGGUUUUUUCCUUUGAUUAGGAUAUUCGAGUUGUUAUUGCGGAAGGUAGGGCUUGUAUGGUUGGUAACAUUGAUUGGUACUGCAGUUUUUGGAAAAACGGCUGUGUCAAAUAACGAGGAGCACGACAAAAUGGAUGGAGAUCUUGUGGCGAGAUGCCUGAAAUUUAUGCGAAUCAGCGACAAUCGACUUAUCUUUCCCACAACAGUUAAUGCCAAUCCAGGGAAAGGAAAUGUGCGUCUUGAGGUGGCCUUCAUUCAUCUUCUAGAACAGUUCCGUCGUGCAUAUAUUAUGGACCAGAUAACCAAAUCGAGCCCUGUGUAUGACAAGCUAAACACGGAGUUAGGUGUUUCUGACGAAACAGAUAUGCUCAGUGUUAUUGUUCAGAAAAUGUAA